ACGGCCGUGCAUCGACUAUAGGGGUCUCAACGAAAUCACCGUGAAAUUCCGGUACCCACUCCCUCUGGUGCCAUCCGCACUUGAACAGCUAAGAACGGCACAAUACUUCACCAAACUGGAUUUACGCUGCGCCUACAAUCUAAUUCGUAUCCGGGAGGGAGACGAGUGGAAGACGGCGUUCUCAACCACCAAUGGGCACUAUGAAUACCGGGUUAUGCCGUUCGGCCUGGUCAAUAGUCCUUCAAUCUUCCAGGCCUUCGUUAACGACAUAUUCAGAGAUAUGCUGGACAGGUCAGUAAUUGUGUACAUUGACAACACAGUCUCACCCCCUACUCGUCAAAUGUCUGACGCAUGGUCAGUAGACCCUGGCGUCACUUUUUAACGCACUGGGUAUACCUUUGGCGUUAUUUUUCGACGUGCAGGGUAGUCCGAUAGACUUCUAUAGAACUCAACAGCGUUGAAAUUUGACGUCUUGGGUCAGCACACCGCAACCCGUUGUCUGCCUUAUGGGUCGACACUACAAUAAAUAAAAAUAAAAAAGGAAUAGGCUACAAAAAAUGAUUUAGUAAGCAUUUUAAGUAAGCAUUUUAAGAGUUUUCUUGUCAUAGGUAGGACACUGCUUUAAUUAUAGCAUGCUGGAUAACGUUUUUAUCGGAGGUUUGUUGAUUUUAAUAAAUAUAUAUAAUAUGCUACGAUUGAGUUCAAUUAAUCUUUUUUUGUUGUUGUUGUUUUAUUAAAUCCUCUAAAUUAAUAACGCUGACGUCAACGUAUGGGCGAUCCCAAGGUCCAUUGCGAUUUUACACUCGAUUUCAAAAUGUCUCAAAGGAAGUUCAAGCCUUGCCCUUCCUGCCAAGCACCUAACCAGGUGAGCCGCAAAACCUGCAGCUCUUGUUUCUCACCCAUCUCCCAAAAAAUCAAAGUAGCUGCCAAAAAAAUGACCCUGGACAGGAAGUGGGGGGAAAGGGUCCUAAAAAAUAGAAAUGCGGGAAGAGUGGUGGACUCUGCCCAUAUUGCAGUAAAAAAACUAAGUGCAUUGGGCUAUGUCCCAAUUCUAUUUUUCGGCAAGAAGGAUAAGGCCUCUGGAAAGUGGGUGGCCGAUGUGGUGACUCAUCUGCCACCCACUGAGGAUAACCUAAAAAUUGUGGCCACCAUGAGAAAGGCCUACAAUUUUGUAUUGAUCAAAGAAGGGAACUCCACGACGACAUUGCCCGAGCCCCAACCUCAGGCCCAGACCGAGCCCCAGCCUCAGGCCCAGACCGAGCCCCAGCCUCAGGCCCAGACCGAGCCCCAGCCUCAGGCCCAGACCGAGCCCCAGCCUCAGGCCCAGACCGAGCCCCAGCCUCAGGCCCAGACCGAGCCCCAGCCUCAGGCCCAGACCGAGCCCCAGCCUCAGGCCCAGACCGAGCCCCAGCCUCAGGCCCAGACCGAGCCCCAGCCUCAGGCCCAGACCGAGCCCCAGCCUCAGGCCCAGACCGAGCCCCAGCCUCAGGCCCAGACCGAGCCCCAGCCUCAGGCCCAGACCGAGCCCCAGCCUCAGGCCCAGACCGAGCCCCAGCCUCAGGCCCAGACCGAGCCCCAGCCUCAGGCCCAGACCGAGCCCCAGCCUCAGGCCCAGACCGAGCCCCAGCCUCAGGCCCAGACCGAGCCACAGCAUCAGGCCCAGCCAGAGCCACAGCAUCAGUUCUUGGCCCUGGCUGAGUCCCAGCCUCAGGCCCAGGAAAAAGAGACAUUUUAUCUUUUAGAUUUAUACCCCGUCUCUCUCCCUGUGAAAGAACAACCCCCCCCCAAAAAAAGAAAGUGUUGCCGGAAAUGUAGUAGGCAAAAAGUUUUCAAAUAUGACUCCAUAACAGGAAGAAGGAUAAAUGAGGGGCAAGCAGAAGUAAGGGUGAAAUGGUUACCUUGCUCUGCAUGUGGAAAAAUCUGGGAGGAGACAUGGGAGCCGGCCUGCCAGUUCCCACCAGGUGCCAACCAUGUGUGACGUCACCCAUUGGUCUGUAGUUCAAUAUGAGUUGAAUACCUGCUAUGAGUUGUCGAGUUACCCGUUACGGGCACAGCCAUCCUGGUUGCGGAUGUGACUAUUUUAGAUGAGAAGGAGGAGCCACGUUACGUUACACACUUUCAAUGGUUUCCACCCUAACAUGCUGUCAUGCUGUUUUUUUUCUUUAUUAUUGAUUUUUGUAAAAAAAAGCUGUGUUCAAAUAAAUCAAAGUAUACCUAUAUUUCUGUUUGUCUUUCCAUUCACCUUGUGGGUUAGCCAAUCAGCUGAAAUCUUCUUCAACGCGUCAAAUGAUAUAUUGCAAUAUGAUGCACAAAAGUAUGUAGGAAGGUGGGACAUGUUUUCAUUUAUAUUAAUUGACACCAUUAAGAGACAGUUGAUUCCACCAGCUAAACCAUAUAUAUUAUGGGGAAGCACAGGCGAAGCACUGCUACUUGGGCGCAGAGAUAUUUGUGGAUUUCAUCUGUUGCGUGAUAUCUCUGCGCCCAAGUAGCAGUGCUUCGCCUGUGCUUCCUCAUUAUAUAGUCCCAAGUCAAUAUCUGCCUAGGAAAUCGCCUAGUCUUAUUCUGCAUCGCUAUUUGUAUUCAUUGUGAAUACGCAGGCCAGUAAUUAAGUAAUUAGGUGUUUUUUUUUUUGGAUCACUUUUACUCGGGACAUGCUAGCUGGCAACAUAGGAUUCCAUUCAUUAUGCUAAGCUAAGCUAGCGCCGACCCUGCCAAACUAAAACAAUGCAUGCACUGAGACAAAAAUGUAUUUGCCCACAUAUCUAAAUGUAUGAAAAAGUUGAAUAAGCCCUAUUUCUAAAAACGGUGGAAUGUUCCUUUAAGGGUCAUGGGUUUGAUUGUCCAUUUCCAACUAUCCUUUCACCCUCUGCCUUCUCUGCUAUCCCUGGACUGUCCCUGUAUUAAAA